AGAAAAUGAACCAGGACAUUGAUAAUAUCGAUGAGAGUCACAGAGAUGUUUCUUCUAAGCAGACAUCCUUGAGUAUCCAUCAGCAGUUCAAAAAGAACUUAUCAAGCUUAGAGAAUAAGUCUGAGAAAUCAGGUGAAGCUUCAUCCUUUCUUCAAAGCCUGCGAAAUGAACCUUUAAGAAAAAUUGAAAGCUGUAUUCCUAAUGAUAGUAAUAUAACUGAGAAUGCUUGAUUACCUCCCAUUAUACCUAAGUUGAGGUACAAAGACCAUCAGGGAUUCCCUACGAUAGGACGAGUUAAUAUGUCCACCAAAAGGCAUCAAAGCCCUUACUCUAGUAUGCAUAAGAAUAAGAUCACCCUCGAAAACAAUCUCAGAGGGAAGAUAAACUCUGGAGAGGCAAAUAUUGAUCAAAAGGCUGAUACAGAAACUCAAGAGAAAACAAAGAAUAGAAACCAUUCCUACUCAGUUGAUGCAACCUGAUUCAAGAAGAACCUUUCCCUCCGAAGGACGGAGAGGAAUAAAGAACCUCUGAUAGUUAACGAGGAUAUCUCUCUUGAUGGAACCCCUAAAAGAAAAAGAAGAAUAAAUAAAGCGCAGCAAACUAAACGAAAACAAAUAGUCAAUAUGUCUCUAAUAAAUCCUGUAACCAAUAGGCUACCAGAAGAAACAGAUAUGGAUAGAUACAAAGAGGUUAGAAACUCUGUAGAAAAAUAUAUAAAGAAGUUUUCUCAUCUUAUCCCAAACCUUAAGAAGAAAUAAAUAUGAACUCCUCACUGAUAUUCUUGGUAAAGAUAAAUACGAAGAAAUCAAAUCCAAGUUAAAGAGCAAAAAUCCUGCCAAAGAGGCCAAAAGCAGAGAUCGCAUGCAAAGACCUCUAGGUUCUCUAAAGAUAAAUAAAACUACUGAUGGUUCACCUAAAAACAAUAUUAAGCGUCAAAAGAAAGCAGAAUUAUUGCUUGAUUCUUCUGCCAAAUCAAAAAUGCCAAAACAAAAGCCAGAGAGUAAAGAGGAACUAGUCACCUAUAAAGGAGCUAUUACUGAUAAAUACAUCAACUUAGGAGGUCUAGGGUUUAACAAAGACAAGUCAUGGGAUGUUGCCCAUGAAAGACGCAGAAAUAUGCUCAAUUUCUCUCAUAAAGUAAAUGAGUCUCAACUGAAUAAGGGCAAUUCUUCAAGCUUAAUACGUCAAAAGUCUUUGAAGGAGAGAAACGAAGUUUUGAAGACUCUUAGACAAAGAAGAAAUAAAGCCUUGGACUAUGCUAAACAUAUCAAAAAGCCAAAUCCUCCAACCAACCCUAUCUCCCAACCAGAGCAACGCUUUAUCAAAUACGACAACAAAGAAUACCUCCUUGAGAACCAGAAAAUAAAAAUGCUCUUCUUCUAA